GGGAAAGGUGCAGCUCUCCCUGUGCCAUGCCCAGAGGGGGUCUGGGUGGGAUUGGGUUGUCCCACGGGGAAUGGCUCCCUUUGGGAACAACAGGGUAUUCCCAGUUUGCUGUUCCUGAGCUGGUGGCAGCUUUGGUGCUGGGAGUGGGGGCAGAGCUGGGAGGGAACGGAGGGCACCUUCAUGCUGGUGGUGGGCAGAUCUUCAUCACAAUGCUGGCUGGAGCAAGUGUUGGUGGGAUCACCAGCUCUGGCAAUGGAAUCCCCAGAAUGCUGUUUGCCCCAAACAGUCGCCCUGGCGACAGAACCCCAGAAUGCUGCCUGCCCCAAACAAACCCCAAACAAACCCCAAACUGGCCAAGCACCAUGGCAGAGAGGUUCCCUCUCCAGGUGACAGUGUUGAAGGUGGCCAGCGUGAGCUUUGCUGCCCUCGCCAGGCCAGCCCUGGGAGCUCCCUGGGAGCUGCCCUCUGUCCCAGGGCUGCCACUGUACUCUGGGCCGGUCCAGCUCCACACCAGCACCCACCAGUUGGUCCCAGCCACCGUCAGGCAGGAGGUCCCAGGGUCUCUGGGGGCCCCGGGGCAGGUGGUGUCACUUUCCCCUGUGGUGCAACUUCCCUGGCCAGUGCAGCUGCCUCCCUGUCCUGCCUAUGGUUGGGGACAGCAGCUGGUGACGGGGGCACUUCUGCCCCCCCAGCCAAGGGCUGUGGUCCAGGGAGAGCCCCUGUACCCCACGGGCUCUGGUGUGUUGUGUGUCCACCACCGACCUGCCCUGGCAGGCAGAACCACGAUGGAGCCCAAAGCUGUUACCACACCUGCUCCAAGGAAGCCCACGGAUCUGCCCGAGGAGGGACCAGCCACCAGCACAGAGGCCAUUCCUGAGCAGGCAGAGAACACCACCAACUACCACCUGCUCACCCAGCCUGAAACCCCAGCGGGUGAGGACACCAUUGUCAAUGCCCCCAACAGCCCCACCUUGAGUGACCUCCUGGACGACCUCUUUGAGUACCUGGUGGACAGUGGUUGCCCUGAGGAACAAGUGGAGGUGGCUCAAGAGGACAGCGACGACACCACCUUGGCCGCCAACGCCCCCAGCCUGACUGCUGAGGACCUCGAUGAGCUCCUCGAGUUCUGUGAAUGCCUGCUGGAAGACGACUGUCCCAAGGAGCCAGCAAUGGAGGCACAGCAAAGGAACAGCGAGGAUGCCGUACUCACCACCCCCAACUUGACCCCCUCCCUCAGCCCACUCAGUGACCCCCGGCCUCCCUUGCCCCGCAUGGCCCAGCUGGGGGAGGAGACAACGCAGAAGCAGCCCCAGGUUGUUAAGAACCACUUGCAGCUGCCGCCAGGCAUCACCACCACCCAGGUGGACCCCAAAACAAGAGAGGUGGCAGCAGCCAGGCCCCGUGCUCGGCGCCAGCCAGCACCUCCACGGAACAAGGGACCUUCCCGCAGGGCCACAUCCCGGCCGAGAAAAAGACGACGACAGCGGUGACGCAGCACCCAGAGACCAGAAGACACCCUGAGCCAGUGACCUGCAUCCAGGCCCCCAGGCCCAACCCUCUCCCGCAUCCCUCAUUCUUCUUUAGUUUAUUAAAGAGUGGUUUUGCAGUUCC